AAGAAGAGAGUCAUCAUUUCAUGAUCAAAAACAGCUCGAUCUUCACUCUUACUGUAAUCCAGUGCGGUUUCAGACAAGGGAUCGGACUCAAAAAGAGAGCUACUUUACGACGCUGGGGGCAGCAACUUUUGGAUUCUUGUUCAAAGUACAUACCUUUAUGUGAAAUUCUCAUGCUACUUCGAUUUUCGCUUGACUUCAGCUCAUGGGCAUUUCUUGAACAUCCGAAUUAGCUUCUGGGAAAAGUAGCACCUUUAAGGUGUUGUUGAGAUUGACAUGCUGAAUGUUGCUACCAUUUGGCGGAUUAGAGAUGAAUUCCACAAUGGAUGAUAUGAACUUGAUUCAAGCACAGAGGCAUCUAGUCAGGGAUCUCGGUGAAGAGAUUGAUUUGGAAAUUGGACCGGGUGAUGAUGAUCCUUCUUUUGCCCACACACCUCUUAUUGGUGGCCCAACACAUGAACCUUCUGCUGAAGAGAACGAUGACACAAAGCAGAUGGGAAUAGUUUCUCAACUUCCAAAUGAUGAUCAAGAUAUAUCUAAGUUGCAACCUGUAAAGAGGAAGAAGAAAGUUGUAAAAAGAUGGAGAGAGGAAUGGGCUGACACUUUUAAGUGGGCAUAUGUUGAUGUCAAGGAUGGAACUGCAAGGAUAUUCUGCUCUGUUUGUAAAGAAUAUGGUAGAAAGCAUAGAAGAAAUCCUUAUGGUAAUGAAGGUAGUAGAAAUAUGCAGAUGAGUGCAUUGGACGAGCACAACAAUAGUUUGCUUCACAAAGAAGCUUUGCGUCUCCAAAUGGCCUCAAAGGAUAAGAUUGUUGUUGAUAAACCCAUUUAUGUGAAAGCUCUUAUGUCAAAAACAGCUGGAUCAAUCAUUGAAGCUGCACUAAAAAGGGAUCCUCAUGAGGUUGAGUUCAUUCAAUCUGUACAAGAGGUUGUUCAUGCUCUAGAGAGGGUGAUUGCGAAAAAUUCACACUAUGCUAAUAUCAUGGAGCGCCUCUUGGAACCUGAGCGUAUGAUUGUUUUUCGAGUUUCAUGGGUGGAUGACAGGGGUGAGACACAUGUCAACCGAGGCUUCAGGGUACAAUUUAAUCAGGCACUUGGUCCAUGUAGGGGCGGUAUCCGUUUUCAUCCAACCAUGAAUUUAAGUAUUGCCAAAUUUCUUGGUUUUGAACAGACACUAAAGAAUGCAUUAUCACCAUACAAGUUAGGAGGGGCAGCAGGUGGAAGUGAUUUUGAUCCAAAAGGAAAAAGUGAUAAUGAGAUCAUGCGCUUUUGCCAAAGUUUUAUGAAUGAGAUCUAUCGGUAUUUGGGUCCCGACAAGGAUCUUCCAUCAGAGGAGAUGGGUGUGGGCAUUCGGGAAAUGGGUUAUCUCUUUGGACAGUAUAGACGUCUAGCUGGUCUCUUUCAGGGAAGUUUUACAGGGCCAAGAAUAUUUUGGUCUGGUUCUAGCCUGCGAACUGAAGCGACUGCUUAUGGGCUGGUUUUCUUUGCCCAGCUUAUUCUUGCAGAGAUGAAUAAAGAGCUCAAAGGUCUGAGAUGUGUUGUAAGUGGUUCUGGAAAGAUUGCAAUGCAUGUUCUAGAGAAGCUUGUUGCUUUUGGUGGUAUUCCUAUCACAGUAUCAGAUUCUAAAGGAUAUUUGGUUGAUGAAGAUGGAUUUGAUUACAUGAAAAUAUCAUUUUUGAGAGAACUCAAAGCCCAACAAAGAAGUUUGAGAGAUUAUUCAAAGACUUAUGCUCGGUCCAAAUACUAUGAUGAAGCAAAACCUUGGAAUGAAAGGUGUGAAGUUGCAUUUCCUUGUGGUUCCCAAAAUGAAAUUGACCAGGCUGAUGCCACUAAUUUGGUUAAUUCAGGUUGUCGUAUACUCAUAGAAGGCUCAAACAUGCCAUGUACUCCAGAAGCAGUCGAUACUUUCAGGAAGAAUAGUGUUCUCAUUGCUCCUGCCAUGGCUGCAGGUGCUGGAGGGGUUGUUGCAGGAGAAAUUGAACUGAACCAUGAGUGUAAUGUAAUGCAUUGGUCACCGGAGGAUUUUGAAUCUAAAUUGCAGGAAGCAAUGAAACAAACAUACCAGCGAGUUCUCAAGGCAGCCGAUGAUUUUGGUUAUCAGAAAGAUAAUCCUGAGGCUUUAGUACAUGGAGCAGUCAUCUCUGCUUUUCUGGCUAUUGCUCAAGCCAUGACAGAUCAAGGAUGUGUAUAGAAGAAAAGAAUUGUGUUGAACUAUUUGCUUGCUACUUGCUAGCAAAAAACCUAUUCAUGGUUACAGUAUGGCUGAUGUAGGAGAUGUGUCGCUCAGUGGCAGCUGGAGAACUCCUUAAGCUUAUCAUACAGAAUGCAGGAUUUAAAUGAUCAAAGUUAGUGUCAACAAGUAUUGAAGUAAAAACACCUCCUUGUAACAUACGUAUAAUGCAUGUAAUAAUUAACAGAUCAGAAGGAUGGCUUGUUAUAAAAUUGAUUGAAAUAUUUAUGGCUUUAAGAAGAGCAAUUUGUCUGUAGACGCAACAGGGUUGGGGUAGCAGAAACAUUUACUCCUGGUUCGGUAUUUGACUCAAAUCGCUGCUGAUGCUUUGCUAAUAACAAUGACAAUAAAUUGAUAUCAGUUAG